UCAGUGUCUGUUCGCAUCUCUCUCUAGCUGGUCGUUUUCCCAGUGCUCGCGGUCUCCCUCGGCCUCCCACACUCCCACAAUUAAUGUAAAAUAAAAACAAUAAAAGUGUCGAAAAAAAAAGUGCAUCAGGGUAAGACUCGUCUGGGACUUGUCCGGACUCGUCAACAUACAUCAGUGAACGUCGACAGUCUAAGGUUUUUAAUGGCGAACUGUUAAACAAUAAUUAAUUGUCCUCUGACAAUUAGCCUCCAAUUACAAUGGAGCAGAGCUAACACUUGUCAACAAUCAUUUAAAAUAAAUAAAUUUUAUUAUAUUUGCCUUAAAAAAAAAUUAUCAAUUGGUUGAUAUGGCGGUGAUUGAAGAAUUUAAUUAUUUAUGUCGUCUAUGUGCUACCAAGACUGGAAUAAUGAUAAUGGGAUUUCCGAUAUUUGAACCUGGUGAAAGAUUAAGAAAUAUUGACAAAAAAAUAGCCGCUUGUUUGCCUGUACAGGUUUCAACAUGCGACGACCUGCCUAAAGUAAUUUGCCAGCCAUGUGCUUACAAAUUAGACGAGAUGUUUGACUUCCGCGAGAAAUGUUUGCACACUGAGGAAUUAUUCAUCGAGAUGCUGAAAGAGGAGCUCAAAAAUGAAGCUAUCACUAUUGAUAACACCCUCACGGGGGUUGACGAGAUACCCAAUGUUAUGCAGGCAGACAUUCGCGGUAUCCAUAAUCAUAAUCACAGUCACAACCACAACCAUCUCCACAACCAGCAUCAUCAUGAUAUUGGUGACAUGCAGAAUGGCAUUGUUGAUGAGCUGAGGAGCCAAGACUGCGUGGGUAAUGAUGAAGUCCCGGGUGAUACUGGGAGUUUGCACACUAUGAGGGUUAUGGACGACAUGGAGCUCGCCGGUGGAGAACAGGUUGUCAGUCAGGAGGAAAUUCCUGAUCAGGAGACUAUUGAAGUCACUGGGAUUGAGUGUUUGAAUGGCGAAACUGUUGGGAUAGAUGAGCAUAUCCACGAAGUAUCAAACCACCAAAUCGCAAUCCACUUAGACGGCGACAUGACAGUAGUAGGCAACCUGACCGUAAACAACCACCUGGGAAUAAACUACGUAACAGCAAUCGUCCCAGAGCAGCAAACCGAAGACGAGCAAAUCCUGCACUACUGCGAGAACGUGAAGUACGAAGGAGUGGACGUGAAAGAGGAGUAUCAAAGACUGCAACUUUCCGAAGUUCCUCCGUCCCACUCAAUCGAGUCAAGCUCAGAAACUUUCGUCGCCACAGUCGAGUCCACUGAUACCGCUCUAAACUCCCAGAUACCUUCCCCCGAAUUACCCUCUACAAGCCAGGAAGCUUCCAAGCCGGACCCUGUGGAGUACACCAAGGAGUCCAAAGACACUUUAAUCGAGAACGUGAUAAGCAAUCCUUCGAUUGACCAGGCCGGUGCUAAGUGGUACAUAUGUCCUUUUUGCAGCGAAAUGACCAACGAGCCCUCCAGUCUUCUCGAUCAUUACGACCAGCAUUUCUGCUCUUGUCCCUGCGGGCUUAAUUUUGUCAGCCUAGAAGAUUUUAAUACCCACGAACAGCAGUGUCCUUUUUCCAGCGACUCAAAAUCUUCUAUUGCCAAUGACAAUCUUGAUGAUGAAUCUUCAACUUCUAUUUCUGUUUUAAAUUCUAUUUCUGAGUCAGCUAACGAAGUUAGCUGCAUUAAUAAUGAAAAUGAAGCUGGAGAAAAUGAAAAAUUACAAUCAGGCGUAAGACCAAAAUGGACACCUAAAAUUUGUACUCAAUGUGGAAAGCAAUAUCGUACUAAUUAUAAAUUACAAGAGCACAUGCGUAAGCACACUGGAGAAAAACCAUUCCAGUGUAAAUUAUGCGAGAAAGCUUUUCGCAGUAAAAUUGGCUUGGCUCAACACACAGCGACGCACACUGGCCAGUUUGACUACAGCUGCUCAACCUGCGGGAAAGGUUUCCAGUGCAAGAGUUACUUGAUAGUCCACCAGCGAGUGCACUCCGAUUUAAAGCCAUACUCUUGCGAUACUUGCGGGCAGAGCUUCAAAACAAAGCAGUCGCUGCUGGACCACCAAAAUAGACAUCUAGGUGUUAAGCCCUACGUGUGUGAAAUUUGCGGAAGGAGUUUUAUAACUAAGGGCUUAUGCAAGAGCCAUCAGAAAAUUCACUCGGGUACUGACAAUCGUCAGUACCCUUGUCAGGUUUGUAAUAAAAUGUUUGUGAGUAAAAGUUACUUAAAUACACACCUGAGGAUUCAUACCGGAGAAAAGCCGUACUUGUGCGAGGUCUGUGGUAAAGGAUUUUUAACAAGAGUGGACUUGCGCAUUCACUCCACUAUGCAUACAGGUGAGAAGAGCUUUAAGUGUGAAAUUUGUAAUAAGGUUUUUGCAAGAAGAGCCGCUCUCAGGUGCCACAGAAGGUCUCAUACUGGAGAAAGGCCCUACAGGUGCGAUGUUUGUGGGAAAACUUUCACCCAGUUUAGUCCUAUGACCAUUCACAAGAGACUUCAUACGGGAGAAAGGCCCUAUGAGUGUGAUGUUUGUAGGAAGACUUUUGUUUCUAAGUCGACGAUGAUGUGCCACAGGAAGAAGCAUAGGUUGAGCGAUGAGUUGGGGGAUAAAGACACUGGGAAUGAGGAGGGAUCUAAUGUUGGGAGUGCUGAGGUUACUGAGUGCGCGGAUCGUCAAACAGACUGAUUUUUGGGUUAAUUUUUCUUUGUUAGAUGCGAUUUAGAAAGUUUUGGGACUGAGAUAAGGGUUUUUUUGUAAAUUUGAAUAUCUUGAGAAAAAAUUUGUGACACGAGUAAGAUGAAUUUUUUUUAUU